AUGGAUUACAGACCACCACCUCCAGACGGAACCUACGACCGAUUGUGGUAUCAUAUUGGCUUUCUCCGCAAUGCUCCUAUAUACAACGAUAAUGGUGCAUCGAAAGUUGGAACUUUCUCGAUAAUAGUUGGAGCAUUAUACCUCGCUGUCUUUGGUAUUGAGGCAUUUGGAAUUUUUGCUGCAUACUCACAAAAAAUCCCAAUGGUUCGCAUGUAUGCCUACCUAUCAGCUCUCGUCACGUUGAUCGUCAUGGUUGCUGGUAUGAUCCAAAUCGUCAUUCACUUUACCCUCAAGAGUGAAAUCAUCAACGUUUGUACCAAUUUCAAUGAGGGAGACACUGUCUUCUACGGGAGCAUCUUCGGACCUGUCCGUAGUGGUACUCUUACCAGAGAAGAUGCCCAGAACUGGUGCAACAGGUCCUGGAACCGUGGUUCCUGGUCCAACAUCCUCUCAUUCCUGCUGGUAUCUGCGAUUGCUGGCUUCUUCACGGUCGUUGUGUUCAGCUACUUGCGCCAAGUUCUUGACCCCGCACACCCAGCCAAUGUCGUUCGCGAACCAGCUACAUACCGCACGGGCAACUACCCUACGCACUACAACCCCCCUUACAACCCCAAUGCACCUGGAUAUUACCCCUCGUACCCAGCUCCCGCCGGCCCGCCACCGAACUUCAACAAUAACGACGCAUUUGUACCUCCUUAUGAGAAUGACAAUAAGCCGCCUGGUUAUGUCCGCGGAGAGAAUUUCAAAGGCGAACUUGCGGAGCAACAGAAGGGCACUGGUGGUUAUCAGUGGACGUUGGAGGGACCCAGCGAGAGAGACGUGACGAGCCAACCGACACCUAAUCCUUUCAGAUAA